GUGUACGUGGGCUUCAUUCCGCACCACACCACGGAGCACGAGCUGCGGCAGCUCUUCUCGACAUGCGGCGAGGUGGCGGACUGCUCCAUCAUCACCGACCGCCAUACAGGCGCAAGCCGCGGCUUUGGCUUUGUCAAAUAUGCGACGGACGAGCAGGCGCUGGUGGCCAUCGAGCGGCUCCACAACUACGUGCUGGGGGGCCGGCGACUGGUGGUCAGGGCCAAGGGAGCGCAGCGGCCAGGACCGGGGAUACCUGGCGGACCGCAGCCGCCGGGUGGCGGCGGGAGGUGUGGGGGGAGGGAUGGAUGCGGGAGGGGCCGUCGCGAAGGCGGCGGCGGAAUCCGCAGCGGCGGUGGCAGCCGCUGCGGCGGC